AUGUCAGAUAAUAAAAUAGAAAAGACUACUGCUCCUGAUUCAAAUGAAUUGAAUUUGGAGAACCAACCAGUGGAACAGCAAAACGAAACUAAUGUUGACGAAUCAGGUCCAGUAGAAAAUAAGAAGAAGAAAAACAAGAAAAAGAAGAAGAAGAAAAGCAAUGUGAAAAAGAUUGAAUUGUUAUUUCCAGACGGGGAAUAUCCAGAAGGGACAUGGAUGGAUUAUCACCAGGAUUUCAAUCUGAAGAGAACCACCGAUGAAGAAUCGCGUUAUUUGAAAAGAGAUCUGGAGAGGGCCGAACAUUGGAAUGAUGUUAGGAAGGGUGCUGAGAUCCAUCGCCGUGUAAGAAGGGUCAUUAAAGAUAGAAUAAUUCCGGGGAUGAAGUUGAUGGAUAUUGCCGAUAUGAUUGAGAACGCUACCAGAAAAUACACCGGUGCAGAAGAUUUACUAACAAUGGAAAACCCUAAAUCUCAAGGUAUCGGGUUCCCAACAGGUCUUUCUCUCAACCAUUGUGCUGCACACUUCACACCCAAUGCAGGCGAUAAGACCGUCUUGAAAUAUGAAGAUGUGAUGAAGGUAGAUUAUGGUGUGCAGAUAAACGGUAAUAUCAUCGAUUCUGCCUUUACUGUUUCCUUUGAUCCGCAAUACGAUAACCUGCUAGCCGCUGUAAAGGAUGCUACUUAUACGGGUAUCAAAGAAGCAGGUAUCGAUGUGAGAUUAACCGAUAUCGGCGAAGCCAUCCAAGAGGUUAUGGAAUCCUACGAAGUUGAAAUCAAUGGUGAAACGUACCAGGUAAAACCUUGUCGUAACUUGUGUGGCCACAGCAUCGCACCGUACCGUAUCCAUGGCGGUAAAUCCGUUCCUAUAGUCAAGAAUGGGGACACUACAAAGAUGGAGGAAGGUGAGCAUUUUGCCAUCGAAACUUUUGGUUCCACUGGCAGAGGUUAUGUCACUUCUGGUGGAGAAGUUUCUCAUUACGCCAGAUCUGCCGAAGACCAUCAGGUUAUGCCCAUUUUGGACAGCGCCAAGAACUUGUUAAAAACAAUAGACCGCAAUUUUGGCACUUUACCAUUCUGUCGUCGAUACCUAGAUAGACUGGGCCAAGAGAAAUAUUUAUUUGCGUUGAAUAACUUGGUCAGACACGGUUUAGUUCAAGAUUAUCCCCCAUUAAACGAUAUCCCGGGUUCCUACACCGCACAAUUCGAACACACCAUCUUAUUGCAUGCGCACAAAAAGGAAGUUGUUUCCAAGGGUGACGAUUACUAA